UCCUCCUGGCGUAUAAAAGGUGAAAGUAUGGACGUGGAACAACCAGUUGGUGCCGUCCUCUUGUCCGAAUCAGUUGUCACUGUGCAGUUUCGCUAAAAAAUGAAUUUCCCUCAGAUGAUUUUGCUGGCCAUGGCCGUUGUCUCGUGUCAACUGGUCAAUGGACACAGGGAACGUCGUGCUCCACAGUACUUCCCCUACAACCCUCAUAACAUAGCUAAUGAUAUUCACAAUCAUAUCACGAGUUUGACGUAUGACAUCAACAAUCGAGUCUCUGCGGCCGCCAACGCCGCCAUCGCCAAUUCUCUUGCAUCUUCCACUUACGCCUUGAACGGCCCAACGGGGAUACGUUACCCAUCUAAUGGUAACACAUUUAUUCGUCCCUUCUACAUACCCGGUGGACAAGGUCUCUACAUCAUCUCUUCAGGAGGAAAUGGCAUCAGCAGUUCCGGUGUCGCUGUCAGUGGAGGAAAUCGUUUCAGCUCGGGAGGAAGUGCUUUUGCAUCUGUCGGCUCAUCUGGAGGAUCGGUACGUCCCACAUCGUCAAGUCUACGCCCCACUUCAUUCCGACCCACAUCAAAUCCCGUGCGUCAACAAUCCUCGUUCCGUCCGUCGUCAGUCCGUCCAGUUUCGGUUGCAGUCGGAUCACCAAAUCGGUUUGCUGCUGCCGCAGCCGGUCCACUACCUGGCGGCGGAGUUUCAGCCAGUGCAGGUGCUAUCAGCGUUUCCGGUUAAAAAUGCAUGAUUUAAAAAGAAAAAAAAAUCCUGAUCGUUAUAACUGUGGGGAUUUUAUUUUUGAGGGGAUUUUAAAGAAAAAAAUAAUUCAUUACACGAGCACUUGUUAUAUUUAAUACAUUUUACGUUAAUUCGGAAA